AUGGCUGAAUUCAAGCGUCUCAUUAACAUCUUAAAGAGGCGUCAGGUGUUUGAUGGCGGCUCCAGACUUCUGGUUCUGUUUAAAACUGGACACUGGAGGACUCUCAGAGCUCAGAGGCCACAGGAGCAGCUCCCCGGACACUUCUUGGGAUAUUAAAAUCUAAUCAUGGACGGAAGCAGAGUGUCGGACUUCAGCAUCGAGCGCAUCCUCUCCCCGCAGCUCGGACACAAGCCGCCGGGGACAGACAUUUCACCAGAUGGAUAUCUCCAGGGUCUCCCCGGUGGAUUCUAUCUGGACUCUGGGAACCGACCUCCGGUCCCUCCUGCGCCGAUUCCGGUUCCAGUGCCGAUGCCAGGCUACCUGCAGUACCGAGGGUUGAGAUGUGGAGAGGCGUUCUACCCGUACGGGACCGGUUUCCAUCACACAGACUGCACCUGCAUGUAUUCAAACUCCGGAGUUUACCAGCACUUCAGCAGCCAGGACUCUGCAGAUGCUCAGUCUUUGGCCGGUUAUCAUGGUUACCAUCAGGCCGGGGCGUCCGCGCAGUCGCGUCAGAAGACCCGGAUGAGGACGGUGUUCACCGACAGUCAGACCAGGCAGCUGGAGGCGCUGUUCGAGCUUACGGACUACCCGGCGGUGCAGGCGCGCGCUGAGGUGGCGAGGAGCACCGGGCUGAGCGAGGAGAUCGUCAGGGUGUGGUUUAAGAACCGCAGAGCCAGGAGGAAACGGCAGUGCGGCGAGUCAAAGGUCAGAUCCCCCUCCCCUCCCCGCAGCGCAGGAGCAGAGAAUAAGGUCGUCACCUCCUUCAUCUGAACCCACAGACUGCCCACCUGCUGCUCAGGGGUCAAACUCCUACUGGACUCAAACUGUGAGGGCCUCGCACCUUCAGGGGUCAAAGGUCAGCUGAUCGCAUCCUGCUCAAGGGCACUUCGGCACGGCAGAUGCUCGCCAUCCUGUUAAAACAACUGACUGCAGCUGCUCCAAUGGCUGCUGGCGAUCUAAUGUGACACUAAACUAACCGUAGAUGAUGCAUUCAGGGGGCUGCUGUGAAAGUCAGACACCUCAGACAUUCAAGCCCUGGGGACAGUUAACUAUGAGGCGUUCAGGUAGAGUUGUUCGGGUUCAACUGCAGUUUAUUCUCUAUCGAGUUUUAAAUUAUUUUGUAUUUCUAUGUAAUUUAUUGACAUCAGUGUAUUAAAGAUGCUGUUUGUAGGUUUUUAACACGAGCACCAUUUGUAACCUGAACAGGUUUUGUUACAAAAUAAAAUUUAGAUUUCAUGAUA